AUGAGUGUGUUCGAGAUUGUCACGUUUAAUGCUAGUUUCGGUGGAUAUUGGGUGAAGAAAAGAACCGGUGAUGUUGGGUAUAUUGGUGGGGAUGUGAAAACCAUCGAAUGCAAACCGGAAGAGUUGUUCACAUUUUUAUUAGAUGAGUUUGGAGAGGGAUUGUAUAUGCAUAGGUUGUGGUACACGCUUCCUUUUGAGGAUCACAAGGAUAGAAAGAAACUGAGCCAUGUUAGAGAUGCUAGUUUUAAAGAGAUGUGUGAAGCGGGUCAGUGGAAAGGAGUUCUUAAUUUGUUCCUAGUGAGCACAGUCGAUCAUCCUGAGGAAGAGCAGAUUCAGGAACCUUGCGAAGAAGAGAUCCGAGUAGAAAGAAAUGUUGCUGGCUUUGUGGAUGAAGAUGAAGAUUUCGAUUAUCAUAACACACCUCCCAAUUCUGAUGGUGAGGAAGAGGAGGAUAUGCUGAGGUUCAAACCAGGGAGUGGUCACCUAGAGCUAAGGCAAGUCUUUGAUACAAUUGAAGAUUUCAAAAAUGCAUUAGUUGAGUAUGCUUUGAAGGGAGGGUGGAACAUCAAGCGGAAUAAAUGGGGAAAAAUUAAAUGUGGGGCUGUUUGUGGGUCUAAAGACAAGUGCCCAUGGAGAAUCUAUUGCUCUUAUGAAGAGAGAUAUGGGAAGUGGAUGGUGAAAACAUAUGAAGAUGGGCACAAAUGCCAAAAAGAUGGGUAUAGUAAGCUACUGAAAUCGGGUGUGAUUUUGAAGCUCUUCAUGGACGAGAUUAGGAAUGAUGUUGAUUUGAAACCUAAGUAUAUGCAAGAGCAGAUUGAGCAAAGGUUCAACUUGAUAACCACGAUUGACAAGUGUAAAAAGGCCAAGCGAAAGGCACUAGACAUCAUCAGCCGUGAUCAUGAGGAGCAAUUUAGUAGGCUAAAAGACUACCGACUUGCGAUUCUAGCCACCAAUCCAGGAUCAACUGUGGAGCUAGACACGGUUUUAGAUGAUGAUGGAGCUGAAGUGUUUCAAAGAUUCUAUGUGUGUUUUGCAACCAUCAGAUCGUUGUGGACAAUGUGGUGUCGGCCUAUCUUUGGAUUAGAUGGAUGCUUUCUCAAAUGCACACUAAAAGGUCAACUCUUGGCAGCUGUAGGAAGAGAUGCAAAUAAUGGAAUGUACCCAAUUGCUUGGGCUGUUGUUGAUGUGGAGAACGAGGAUAACUGGAUAUGGUUCAUACAGAAGCUGCAAGUGGAUUUUAACUUACAAGGAGGUCAAAAUUUCACCAUAAUAUCUGAUAGACAAAAGGGCUUGUUGAAUGCGGUCGAGAGGAUUUUACCACACGUUGAACACAGGAUGUGUGCUCGCCACAUAUAUGGCAAUUUGAAAAAAAUCUUUCCUCGCCAAGCCGAGAUGAAGAAUUUGUUUUGGAGAGUAGCUGAGAGCACCACAGUUCGUGAGUAUGAAGCUAGUGUUGAGGCGGUUAAAAGGUAUGAUAUACGUGUGUUUGAAGCAAUGAUGGAGAAAAAUCCCAAGAAUUGUAGUCUCGCGUUCUGCUCUCCAAUGUCUUCUUGUUUGGAUGUACACAACAACAUCUCGGAGUCAUUCAACAAUGCUAUUGAUCCUGCUAGAUACAUGCCGAUGGUUGAGAUGCUUGAGACUAUUAGAAGAACAACAAUGAUCCGUAUCGAUCUGAGAAAGAGGAUUGCAGCUGACAAUGCUAGUAGGUUCCCUUCUAGAAUUAUGAAGAUCAUAGAAGCUGAGCAGAGAAAGCUGAAGUUUUGUAAGAUGAUCCCGGGUGGUGAUGGUAGAUGCAAGGUGAGAGAGGCGAGUAUAUCUUACAGCGUGAAUAUGAGGCUGCGGACAUGUGCAUGCCGUAGAUGGGAACUAGGUGGUAUUCCUUGUCGCCAUGCAUUACGUGUCAUCACCGAGAAGAAGCUGAAUUAUGAAGAUUACAUUUCUAGUUGGUUCCUCAACACAAGACAGCAGCAAAUUUAUAGUGAUUCAAUUAGGCCGGUGAAUGGAAUGUGUUUUUGGGACCAAACCGGUUCCACCGUGCUUCCACCUCCUGGCUUGGUAGAAGAACUCGAGAACAGAAAAGGAAGAAAGCCAAAACCAAAGAGAAAGAAAGGAAAAAAUGAGUCACCAACAAAGAAGAAGGUCAAUCGAAGUAGGAGAGUGAUGCAUUGUGGUCGAUGUGGCGUUGCUGGACACAAUGUAACCAAGUGCCCAAAUGUAGGCGUGCCAGUGAAUAGACCAAAAAAGAAGACAGCAACGAUGGGGGAAGAUGAUCAAGACUUCAUGUCAUGUGAUGACUUUGGUGUAGGACCAAGUCAACCAACGCAAGAAUAA